AAGAUCAUGCAGAACAUCUUCCUGAUCGCAAUAAUUAUAUAAAACUUCCUAAUGAAAUUGUUCUACAAUCACAGAACUUACAAGACUUAAUAAGCUUUGUAUAUCCUGAUCUUACAUCUCCUAAUACUAAUUCUUCUUAUUUUAUAGAUCGUGCAAUUUUAGCUCCCAAAAAUACUGACGUUUCUUUACUUAAUUCGACUACUAUGAAUCUAUAUUCAGGUCAAAAAUUUGAAUAUUUAAGCGCAGAUCUCAUCGACAAUUCUACAGGAUCUAAUAGACAUAAUUAUGAAACUCUAUAUCCUCUUGAAUAUCUACAUUCGUUAAACAAAAGUGGCUUACCUCCCCAUAAAUUAUCUCUUAAAAUAGGUGCUUCCAUUAUGUUGCUUCAUAAUAUUAAUCCAUCGGAAGGUCUUUGUAAUGGAACACGAUUGAUUUGCUGCACUUUUUCCCAACAUGUUAUCGAAGUUCAAGUUAUCUCCGGAAAACACACAGAA